CAUAUUCGGUUGACUAAUUUUCAAGUCACGCUUUUCACCAGAUUUAAUUUAAUUUAAACAAAAACUAAAAAUUGUCACUAAAAUCGUCCGCUAUCUCCAAAUAUUGUGUUUAAUUUUCGUUCUAAUUUAAUCGAUUUCAACCAUUUUUUCUGCUAUCAAGUGCGUGAGAAAUCCAAAAGAGAGACCGAACGCGGGAGAAAAUUGAUUUUUUCAAUUUUCUAUGAAUAGAUGUGACAACUCAAUGUUUAAACACAUCGUUGUGUGCGAGUGUCAGUGCAUCGAUUUUCGCGUUUCAAUGCAUAUUCGUCACGUGCAUGAAUUGUGAAAAAUAUGGAGUGAAGUCCAUUACUUUUUUUUUUGUAAUUGAUGAGCCGCUAAUCUGUAUUUAUGAUUAUGAGGCACAAAGAAUAAUUAGAAAAUUGACGAAAGCUUUUGAUUCAUGUGCAGUUUCGAAAUAUGGCUUUCACUUAUUACCAGAAGACUCUUAUCUUCUUCAUAAUUUUUACUGGAGCUUUUCACACUCUCUCAGUCAAAUUUGCUGACCGAGUAGAUGCAAUUGGGGAAAAUGGAGAAGUUAGAAAAUUUAAUCAUCCCUUCGUGCAAGCAGCUUUUAUGUUUUUGGGCGAAACAUUAUGCUUAUUAGUAUUCAAAAUGUUGUGCUGGUACCACAACAAAAAAGCGGAUGGAUCGAUUGAAACAAAUCCUCUGACAAAAGGGAACCGGGAUGCCAGCCCGCUGAUUCUCAUAAUUCCUGCUCUCUGUGAUGUCAUAGCGACAUCACUGAGAUACAUUGGCUUGACGAUGACUUACGCCAGCAGUUUUCAAAUGCUGAGAGGAGCAGUGAUAGUUUUCACUGGAAUUUUAUCGGUGGGAUUCCUCGAUCGAAGAUUAGGUUCCAGAGAAUGGAGUGGUAUCGGUCUUGUGAUUAUCGGUUUGAUAAUUGUCGGCAUCACCGACGUUUUAACCGAGGGUCGAAGCAUCGGCACCAACGUCACUAUCACUGGAGACUUGCUCAUUUUAUGCGCACAGGUCAUGACUGCAGUUCAGAUGGUAGUUGAAGAGAAAUUUGUAGGUGGAAACAACGUUCCAGCGCUUCAAGCUGUUGGCUGGGAAGGAAUUUUCGGAUUGACUGCCCUCCUUCUGGCUAUGGUUCCCCUGAAUUACAUAAAAGCUGGACCACCAUUUGCUGACAAUUCACGAGGAACUUUGGAGGCCACAGUUGAUGCUUUCGUUCAAAUAGGAAACUCUAGUCAACUUUUGAUUGCUGUAAUCGGGAUAAUGUUGACGAUCGCAUUUUUCAACUUUUCUGGGUUGAGUGUAACGAAAGAAAUAAGUGCCACGACAAGAAUGAUUCUAAGCAGUAUUUGUACGAUUCUUAUUUGGGGAUUUUCGCUCGCCUUUCAGUGGCAAGUUUUUCACUAUCUCCAGCUCGUCGGCUUUACGGUUCUUGUGCUUGGAAUGUGUUUCUACACCAACCUCUUUAUUCCAAUUCUUCUGAGAAAAUUCAGACGAAUAUUAAAUCGUGGUCAGACUCCAGAUGAGGAGGAAAGUAUCAUAAAUGCAAGAUCGGAUGAUUUAGAAGGAACUGAUAAACCGUUCCAUUGACGAUAACUGGCCCUAGUUUCAAGAAUUUAUAAAUUCGCACAAAAUUACUUCAGCGCAAUAUAAUUAGUUGACAAAUUUCCCUGGAGGAAUAUUUAUUAGGGUGGGUAGGAAAAAAUUGGAUAUCAAUAAAGUGUCGUCCGUAAACUACGUUUAUAUUUAGGUUACAACAUUCUAAUAUUUGGUUGGAAAUUAAUUUAUUUUGUUGAAAAUACAACUAUUUUCAUCAGUAAGUCAUAUUUUUUUUUAAAUUGAACAAUUUGUUGUUGCGAAUUCAUAGUUUCGUGUUG